AAAACUAUAUACAUCAUGUUAUUUUGUCUUUUAAUAGACUACAUCUUCAGUCACUAUACUAUUGGUGAUCAGCUGGGGAAAGGUGGUUUUGGUGUGGUGUACGAAGGGAGACGUCUGGAGGAUGAUCUUAAAGUGGCCGUGAAAUACGUCACAAAGACGAAAGACGCUAAAUGUAUAUUCAUUCCUGAUCAUCCAAAGCCCCUUCCUAAAGAGAUCGCCCUCACCAUCCUGGCGAGUAAAGGUCCCAGCGUGCCGGGGAUCAUCCGGCUGCUGGACUGGCAGGACCACCCUGACCACUUCGUUAUGGUCCUCGAAUGUCCCUCUCCCUGUGAGGAUCUGGCCCGGUUCAUGAGGCGUCACGGUGGAAGACUGGAUGAGGAGAAGGUCCGGCACAUCAUGAGGCAGGCGGCUCACGCUGCCAACAUGUGCUGCGAUCGCAGAGUCCUCCACCGUGACAUCAAACUGGAAAAUCUCCUGAUUAACAGUGAGACGUCUGAAGUCAAGCUGAUUGACUUCGGGUGUGGGGACAUUCUGAGGAGUUCGGCGUACAGGUCAUACUCCGGCACAUCAGCGUACUGUCCUCCCGAGUACCAUGCCAAGGGGAAGUACUACGGCAGGCAGGCGACGGCAUGGUCACUAGGGAUUCUGAUGUUCGUGAUGUUGUGUGGACAUUUCCCUAGUGACUAUGACCUGAUGCUGCUGAAACAGAAGCUCUGGUCCAAACCCAACCUGUCAACAGAAUGCUGUCGCCUCCUCAGGUCUCUGCUAAAGGAGCAGCCAAGCCGGAGACUUAGUCUGGGGAGAAUCCUGUCCCACAACUGGUUUAAGGUAGUGAACCUAAGAUCGGCUAAAAAUCAUUUUAUUUUCUCAUAGGAAGAAUUUGCUAAGUCAAAUCUGUUAUUUUUUCUCUGUUUUGUUUCAGGUCGUCACAUAAGCCCCUUUUUUGUUUUGGUUUGCACCAUCCUGAGUCCAAGAGGUUUCCAUCAUGGCCUCUGAAUGCCAGAGCUUUCUGCCUCCACCUGUGCCUCUCCGAUGACAGAGCUCCCUUUCCUGGUCACACCCGGUAACAAGGGUCCUGAUAUGACUGAUAUAUGAUUAUAUAUGACUGCCUCCUCAAUACCAGUGCUCCCAGUCAUGGCUGCCCCAGUGA